AAGAACGAUCGUACGCGAAGUUCAGCCGAAGUGAUCGCGAUCGCUCUUCGCCUUUUGUCGGCAGCCUUCGGGUGUGCGAUAGUGUGCGUCCGGCUGUGUGUGUGUGAGCUGCCUUUGAGCGCAGGUUUAUCAAAAUUUUCAUUGGGUUUCAAUACACUUUCUGCCGCACUGCCGUGUGGAAGUCUCUGCAAGUCGCUAGUCCUGGCCUUAAAAAAAUAAUAAACAAAAAAGAAAAUAAUACAAGUGAGCAAAGAACGUGCAGUGAAAAAUAAAAUAAAAAUCUUACAAAUGUGUGUAUCUGGAUGACAUGUAAAAAAUAAAUAUGAAAAUAUAAUGGAGUCAACGAGUGUGUUUUCAAAAGAAUAAAAAUGAAUAAAAUGUAAAAAUAAAAAUAAACAAAAAAAUACAUAAAAACAACUUUUUACUGAAGCUAAGGAAUUUGUAAACCAGACAGCCAAAACAAAUAAUAGCAAAAGAAACCAAGUCCCAAGGAUAAAAAAUAAAACUAUCUUAGCAAAUACCUAAAUCAAUCCAAACGAGUUGCCAAAAAUUAAAUAUAACUUGUAAAUAAGUUUAAAUAAAAUUAAAAAUCUUGUAAUAUCUGCAAAGAAAGACAGUUGACGAUAAAUCAAGCCAAAAAUAAGUGAGCAAAAAAAGGAAACAAACAAAACAAAACAAAAUAAAACAAAGGAGAGCAGGAAAUUGCAACAUCUCUUGUGAUAAACGCUGACAAUCUGUUGCCCGUUGAUGAUUGCAAUAAAGGCCAUCGAAAUGCAGCACAAUAAUUAUAAUGAUAAUUACAACGUUUGGGGCGCCUCCUGGAUUAACGAGUCCAAUAAGCAGCGCCAAAUUAACAUUAACAACAACAGCAUGAAUGUCAAUAAUUACAAUCAGCAACAGCAGCAGCAGCAGCAACCUCAGUAUAUUCAACAGGCCACUUAUAAUAACUACACGCAACCAACAACAUCGCAGUCCAACAAUUGUUAUUAUCAAUGUGUGCAACAGCAACAGCAGCAGCAGCAACAAUUCCUGGCACCAGCAACCACAUCUGCAGCCGUAUCCUCGCACCAGCAACUUCAAAAUCAACAACAAGCUCAUCAACAAACUCAGCGCCAGGACUAUGCAUCUGUUCAAGCUGUGAAAUAUGUCAUGGAUCAUCAUCAGCAGCGACAUGUGAUGCAUGCACACAUGUCUCCCGUGUCCGUGUCCGUGUCGCGACGGAAAGUCUACCUGGUCGCCUGAACAUUAUCGCCGCCUCGAAACCCCGGAACCUUGGAAGCUUGACAAUCCAACCACCCCAUGAACCCCCCCAACGAUGACGGUGAACACACGCCGCGGACAGAGCCAGUUCCUCCGGACCGGACCGGAGCAGAUAAGAGUCCAGUUGCAUAGUCACGAACGUGAACCAGGCCAGGAAGUCAAAAAGCCGUAAACAGCCGCUAGAGAAGCAAAAACAACUGAAAAGUGAAACCGUAGAACGGAAAUGCCAAGAGCCGCGAGCACUCCGGAGCACAUUCACGGUGUUUCUACUAGGAGAAAUGAUAUGGUUACACAGAGACAAAUAUUGUCAUUAAAAUGGAAAUUAAUGUUAUCU